AAAAGGCCAACAAUGAAUGAAAGGAGGCGAAUCCCGCAGGUGGGAAGUAAACGUGAGAGAGAGAACAGAGAAAGUAUCUAAUCCAUCUGUCCAUUUCCCACUCUCUCUUCCUUGCACAUUCUAGAGAGAGAGAGAGAGAGAGAACAUCCCCACGAAACUACCACAAAGUCUCCUCCUCUGCGUGUGCUCGUCACACACAAAAAUCUCGUGAAGAAGAGAACAAACAAAUCAUGGUGUUGAUUAUCAAGAUAACGAUUGGGUGGAUUUUUCCGUUUCGCUUGUGCUUUUUUAUCAAAUUUGAGGCUUUGGGAAUUGGGAUCUGUUUUGUGGUUCAUUCUCUGGGUUUAGUUCAAAUUAUCGCUCUUGCUGAUGUGAAAGGAGCUACUUUUUGUUUUAGUGGGCUUUGUUUUGAUUGUUUUUUCAUGAUUGAAGAAAGAAACUCCAUGGAAGACGACACAUUCUCGAGCAUAGCAAACGGAUCACACAUUGAAGGAAGAUUCCUCGAGACAUUCCAGAAGAAUUUCGUGCAGGUCCAAAACAUUCUUGAUCAGAACAGGCUGUUGAUCAACGAGAUUAACCAGAAUCACGAGUCCAAAAUCCCGGAUAAUUUGACUCGGAAUGUGGGCUUAAUUAGGGAGCUUAACAACAACAUUAGAAGGGUGGUUGAUCUCUAUGCUAAUCUCUCGGACUCGGCUAAGUCGAUCGAUGUCUCGUCUGAAGGAGAAUCGGCCAAUGGACGAGGUGUUCAAAAGAGGGUUCGAUCGAGUCAUUGAUCGUGUCUCGUUUUUNAAUUUGGAUUAGUUUGACUUGAUUUUUUUAUUUUUUUUUGGUUGGUUGAACUUUUAACCUUCAUUAAUGUGUAUGUCUGUUUUUUACUUUCAUAAUAAGGGAAUAAUGGGUGACUUCAUGUGACUUUUUUGAUUGAAUUAAGG